GCCCCACCUUGCUUAUUCAGACCCACUCUUAUUAUUGAGCUCCAGAUUUAAUUGCAACCAGAGCCCCCUUGAACCCCUAUAUAAGAGCCGUUGAACGGACGAUCAGUCCGCACGGUACAGUAUAUCCGGUCCUUCAAACUAUAAGUACCGCCGCCCACCAAGUGCUCGAACACCAUCUCUUCACAACUUAAGCAUUAUUACUUUGUGAAUCAAUAUGCCUACCCUUGAGCUGAAGACCAAUGUCCAAUUGAAGGAUCCCAAAGCGUUCAUUGAGGAGUUUUCAAAGCUCGCCGCUGACCUUCUCGGAAAGCCCAUAUCUUACAUCGCUACCUCUUACACUUAUAACGAGCAUCUCGCUUGGGGUGGUACCUUUGAGCCUGCUUUCAUCUUGAACAUCGUCUCUCUUGACAAUAUAACUCCUGAGAGUACUGAGGUAUACAGCAAGAAGCUCUUCGAGUUCUUCCAGGAGAAAUUGGGUACCGCCGGGAACCGAGGCUACAUUACGUAUGUUGAUCCUGGAAGGCCAUUCAUUGGCCACAACUUUACCACCUUCGGCGCUAUAUUCGGAAAGAAGUGAAUGUGUGAUAAGUUGCAGUAGAUCCAAUGCAUCCAUAAAACCAAUAUGUAUUAGUAGUACAAUGAGCAUGUGCAAAUAUCCCG